CAAGCACUGCCGGCUCAAGCUCCGCGUGCGUUCAUUUUCUCCUGCCUGGGGGACCUCCGCGAAGGUGAACGUUGAGCUAGCGUGGUGUUUUGCUCUGCCUACGCAACUGUCCAUCUCCCUGUACAUCUCGCCUCUUUGUUGGCCUCUCAUAUUCAUUCCUUGUUGCGGUGUGGUUGUGGAAAUUUGUUUUGUACCUUCGCCUCGCGUGGAGAUCCGCCGUGUGCGUGUGACUUAUUCCUGAAUUUGAUUCUUGUUUCUCGUUGCACGAAUCAUGCCACAUGUUCGCAGUUGUCACAGGCGAGCUGCACGAAGAUCUCGGGCCUUUUAUUUGGGCUUCUGCAAGCCGCCAUGUAUUCCCGUUUGCUUGGACUCGUUGUUGCCAAAAACCGAUACUUAUACGAUUCUUCUGACAGAAUUGGCUGCUCCGCCUGGAUUGGAGGGAGACUGCAGAGGGGGGAUCCAGGAAGUGGAAGUGCAGACUUGGUCUUCUUUUUGCCGGACUGUGUGUGUCGAUGUGCAAACGGAGACCCCCCCGACUCUUUGUCAUACCCAUUCCUAUGAGAGUGCAGUUGGGAGUUCAACAGCAGUUGGGAGUUCAACAUUUGGAAGUUCCGCAGUUGGUUUGACUUUGUGCCAGACCCAUUCUUAUGACAGUGCAGUUGGGAGUUCAACAGUUGGGAGUUCCGCUGCCGCCAGCGUGCAGGACGCCUGUGUACAAACUCAGCUCUUUUUAAUGGACGCCUGUGUGCAAACAGAGAAUCUUGUGUCUGGUAUGCACAACGGUGCGGAAAUGGACGCUUUCACGGAUUCCCCAAACGUUUCUUCCAUGGAUGCUGGCGUGCAAACUCAGUUCACUGGCAAGGACGCCUGUGUGCAAACUCAGUUCACUUCAAUGGAUGCUGGCGUGCAAACUCAGUGGGUCUACGCCUUCAUGAGCUCUACGCAAAGUCAGACGCCUGCGUGCAAGGAAGCUCUACGCCUUCGUGAGUCAGGUGGGAAAGAUGUGCAGGCAGUGGUCUCAUUUUCUUCUGACACGUAUGCAGCUCUUUCAUAUUCUUCUUCUUCUGAUAUGAAGGCAGUGGUCUCAUCUUCUUCCGAUGUGAAGGCCAAGGGGACUUCCACGUGCUCUCAGGCCACCAUUGCCGAUCUUAAGGCAUGUAUUGACGCUGCUGGCAGUAUCAACGAGUCGAAUGCGAUCCAGUAUUUAAAGAAUGGAGUGGAUUUGUUUGCAGAUCUUCUGACAGAAGGUGGGAUCCCUGCAAAGGCCAGGGCAAAUUAUGCUGUGCGGAAGCGCGGGACGUUCGAGAAUGUGCAAGCGACGUUGGAGGACCUUCUGGAAUUCUUCGAGAGGCACAUAUAUCUUACAGGGCAGAUGAACCGUGCCGAGGCUGCCAAGUUUCUACAGGAUUCCAAGUGCGACGAAUUUCGAAUCCAAUUCUAUGGACGUCCGAGGAACGAUACAACGUCGUCAUGUGGAAGUGCUGCCUGCAAGGGCAAAGGCAAAGGCAAAGGUAAAGGCGCCGACAUAGGAGGUCAGGAGUUUGACUAAGUGUGUAGGUUCGGUAGGACGUUGACGGACUUUGAACGAAGGUGUAAAUCUCAGGUUUGGCCUCUUCGGUAGAUAUUCGUAUUCUUCGAGUGAUUCCUUUCAAUCCGAACUUAUUGUAUAGGAUUGUUGAUUGUGAUUGCCUCGCGUGGUCUUUUUGAUUGUUGAUUGUGAUUGCCUCGUGUGGUCAUUCAGUGCAUCCUUAUUCAGUGCAUAGUCUUUCAGUUUGUUCGUUGCCUUUGUUUAUUGCUUGUGAUUCGGUAGUGUUGCCUUUCGGUCCAUAGUCAUGGUGCAUAUGCAUUUGUUUGAGCUCUAAUAAUUCAGUGUGUGCAUGUUCAGUUCUUGGCCAGGUCUCCUGGCUCUCAUGUCGUAGUAUUAGUUUCGCCUCAUCAGUGUUCUCACUGUUGUAGGGUGUCUGUAGUAUUAGUUUCGCCUCAUCAGUGUUCUCACUGUUGCAGUGCCCACAGGUCGUUUGAUUCGCCUGAGACUUGUUGGGCCUGGCCUCAGUGGCCAAGAUGGUCCCAGCAAAUACGCAAAAAACCUGGUUGACGGUUUACCGCCGGCUCCCAGUUCCGGGUGUCCAGACGCCUGAACUCCGUCUGGUAUGUCUUUGUGUUUCGAGAGAUGCUUUUCCCUCGCUCCUUCUUCUCC